UUCUAUAAUUAUGUCAAAAGCAACGUAUGGACCAAAACCCGAGUCUUUUGUGUUGGAUGAUGGACAGCGGUAUUAUGUUGGUGCUGAUGUUGGAAUGUACCUUAAAUAUCAUCGCGGAACCCUUUACAAACGCUAUCCUCAGCUUUGGAAAAGAAUGGCUUCAGUAGAUGAAAAGAAGAAAAUCCAAGAAUUGGGAUGCGCAACUUCCUACAUCAAUUCUAACAUUAUGCUGGUUAAAGCUAGUGAAGUUGAAGAAAUAUUUGAAGGUCAAGAAGAGAAAUAUCGCUCUGGAGGUGUUGGAUCUGGCAAUUAUAGCCGUUCAGAUGCCGCAAAUAUUAAAAAUCGUGGAGGUCCAGCCCCUUGGCUUACACAACAGGUCACCAGUGGCUCUCACCAUCUCGAAUCUGUCCCUUGCUCUACUCCUUCGGCCCAUAGACGUGGACAUUUUCGAAAUCGCGAUUAUGCUUAUGCUGCCGAUGAUUUGGAAAAUUAUAAACGUGUUUUGCAAAAUGCAGAGACUGCUGAAUCCUUGGUUCCGAUUAGGCUUGAUAUGGAGUUGGACAAUAUUAAACUUCGUGACUAUUUUUGCUACAACAAAAACGACAAAUUAAUGACCCCUGAAAUGAUUGCUGAAGUUCUUUACCUGGAUUUGCCCUUAAACACAUUUUUGCCUGCAAUAGCCCAAUCUAUACAUCAACAAAUUGAAGCACAUUCUGAAGCUGUACCUGUAGAUGAACAAACUACUGAUCAACGAGCUCUUUUAAAAUUAAAUAUACAUGUUGGGAAUCAAUCGCUGGUAGAUCAAUUUGAAUGGGAUAUGAGCGAUCCAAAAAAUAGUCCUGAAGAAUUUGGUCAAAAAUUGUCUGCAGAAUUGGGUUUGGGUGGAGAAUUUGUUGCUGCUAUUGCUUAUUCUAUUAGAGGUCAAUUAUCUUGGAAUCAACGUACUUAUGCAUUUAGUGAAUCUCCAUUGCCAACAGUAGAAUGUCCAUUUCGUAACCCUAGCGAUGCUGAACAAUGGGGGCCAUUUUUGGAAACAUUAACUAGCGCAGAAAUUGAAAAGAAAAUGCGUGAUCAGGACAGAAAUACUCGAAGAAUGCGUCGUUUAGUUAAUGCAAUUCCUUAUAUUCCUUGA